UUAACUUCGUCCAAAAAUCCACUACUUUUUGGUUCUCACUUGAACGUUUCCAGCUGAGGCGAGAGGGAGGAGCGAGGAGGUCCCUCUUUCUUGUUUUUAUUCCCCCCCCCCCUCCGCCACUCUUAAUGACAGCGUAACAGCGCACUGCCUCACAUGCGCACGGAUGCGCGCGCGCGGGUUGGGAGGAGACGUCGCGAGCGCUUCACUCGAUCACUGCUGCACAUGGAGGCGCGGGGCACGACGGCGUCUCGAUGCUGCGCGCUGCUGUGCGUCGCCGCGGCGCUCCUCGCGUCGGCGCGCGUGGCUCAUUCUGGAGAGUACGGGGCGCGCGCGCUCCCCCGGGGCGGCGGACUCGUCCAGCAGAGGCUGAAACGUCAGAGCACUUCUGCAAGGCCAGAGCUGAAGGUGACCGAAUUCCACGUGCGCUCUUCAGUGGUGUCUCGCUACGCCCGCACCACUGUGCACAGUUCUGUGUGGAACCAGCUGCCCGUGACCAAGGAGGCCGUCUUUGAGGUGGACCUGCCAUCAACAGCCUUCAUUUCCAACUUCUCCAUCACCUCCAACGACAGGCUGUAUGUUGCCCAGGUGCAAGAAAGGGCCACCGCCAAAAAGAUCUAUGAUGAAGCCAAACGGAAGGGAAAGACAGCUGGGAUAGUGUCCACCAAGGAGCGGGAGGUAGAGAAGUUCCGGGUGUCAGUGAGCGUACCGUCAGGGACUCGCAUGUCCUUCACCCUGUCCUACGAGGAGCUGCUGCAGCGACGUUUGGGGCGCUACGAGCUGAUGCUGGGGCUGCGUCCGGGGCAGCCUGUCCAGAACCUCACUCUGGAGGUCACAGUCGCCGAGAGGACAGGCCUAAGCUUCUUCCGAGUGCUCCCUCUGCGGACCAGCCGACUACUUUCCAACACCGUCCGUGGUGGUGCUGAGCCUCCCCCUUCCACAGUCAUCCAGCAGACGCCCAACUGUGGUCAUGUACGCUACAGUCCAACCUGGCAGCAACAGACCAGCUUCUCUCCCAAGGGCCUCAAUGCAGACUUCAUCCUGCAGUAUGACGUGAAACUUACUGACCUCAUAGGAGAUGUCCAGAUCUAUGAUGGCUACUUCGUGCAUUACUUUGCACCCAGGGGACUUCCAGUUGUUCCCAAGGAUGUCAUUUUUGUUAUUGACAUCAGUGGCUCCAUGAUUGGCACCAAAAUCAUGCAGACAAAACAGGCGAUGGCGACAAUCCUUGGUGACUUGCGGGAGGGUGAUCACUUCAACAUCAUCACAUUCUCUGACAAGGUUCACAUCUGGAAGGAGGACAGAACUGUGAGGGCAACUCGACAGAACGUGCGAGAGGCACAGGACUUUGUUAAGAAGAUCACUGCUACUGGCUGGACAAACAUUAAUUCUGCCCUGCUCUCAGCUGCUCAGCUGGUGAACCCGACCACAUCGAGUCCAAAUCGCACCUCGGGAGACCAGCGGAUCCCUCUGGUGAUUUUUCUGACUGAUGGUGAGGCUACAGCUGGCGUGACAGCGGGAGAAGCCAUACUUCGCAAUGCCCGGAAUGCCUUGGGUUCGGCAUCGUUAUUUGGCUUAGCUUUUGGGGACGAUGCGGAUUUCCCCCUGCUCCGGCGACUUUCUCUGGAGAACCGUGGUGUGGCUAGAAUGGUGUACGAAGAUGCCGAUGCUGCCUUGCAGCUCAAGGGCUUCUAUGAUGAGGUGGCCAGUCCUCUGUUGUCUGAUAUACAGCUCUCAUAUCUCGAUGACCAGGCCUUUGAUGUUACACGUGCGCUCUUCCCCAACUAUUUCCAGGGAUCUGAGCUUGUGGUGGCUGGACGAGUAAAGCCUGGGGUGAGGGACCUCAAAGUCUCCCUCACCGCCACUGACUCAAAACAGAAGCUGAAACUGGAGAAUGAUGUGUCCACUUUUGUUCCGGAGGCUAAUGGAACCACAUCAUCUUUGGGCUGUGUGGGUGAAGUGCAGGGUAUUUCGAAUUUUGUGCGUCGUCUUUGGGCCUAUUUUACCAUCAGAGAGCUGCUGCAGGCAAAACUGAACAGCAGUGACCCGGCCACUCAGCGCCUCCUGGGCGAGAAGGCGACCAAUCUUUCUCUGAAGUACAACUUUGUCACCCCUGUUACCUCGCUGGUUGUAGUCAAGCCAGAUAUUGAUGAAACGGCCCCUAAUUCUACAAGUGGUUCAACCUCUACAACUACAGCUUCCACCACCAUCAGCACCACCACAACCUCCACCACUAGUGCACCUGAUACAUUUUCAAGCAUGGCACCACAACCACAUACCCCACUCCUGGUCUCCAAGACAGCUUCUUCCAGCAUUCCUGGCACCAAAAAACCCAGCUCCAGCUCCAGCCCAAGGACAAGUAAACCCAAAGUAGACCCUGCCAACAAGCUCCAUUCCUCUGAACUACACAGUACAAGUCGCCCUGUUCAGACUAUUCCUUCUGGAAAGGCCUCAGUUCCGUCCAGCCGUGAAAGAACAGCAGCCACACCACAGUCUAAGAAAAUCCCAGUCCAGAAACCUGCUUCUGCUAAAACUGCAACCACCCCCUACUCUACCACAGCUCCAAGCUCUGCAAAAACAGUGUUCACAGCUCACCCUGGUAAGGCUUCAGACUCUUCCUCUGAAGCUCAAAAUGACACCACCCCAGACACCACAGAUCACCAUCACCUGCACCUCACGACUCUCUUCUCCGGGCUUCUGUCUGUACCACCCACAAUACCACCUGUACCUGCCACUGACUCUGGUGUUGAUAUUGAAGUUGCUACCCUAGCUGCUGCUACCUUUGCACCCAUGCCAGGGGUCACGGAUGCUCGGAAGCCAUCGGAAGCCUCUGGGUUGCUGGAUGUGUCUUCUGCCAUUCAGGUUAUUAGGAAAGGUGUUGAUACUGUUGUCAAGGAUCUCCUAACAGAUACAUACGAUUAUCAGAUUGUACACGGUAAGCUCUUAGAAGACUUAAUAGGCCUGUUUUCCAUCAUGGUCAGAUUGGUCAUUCGUGGUAUAUGUACAAGUCCUUUCGCGUUAGUCCAACACAGAUGUGAAUUAAGGGCCAACAGGGGCUCCAUGAUGGGCCAAGGUCGUUCACUGCUACUUGUGCUUUCAGCCAGUGCCUCCAGUCAGACUGCUCAGAGACUCUUCUCGACCUCCGUGGAUGGAGACCCUCACUUUAUCGUGUGGCUCCCCAAGCUGAAGCAGAACCUCUGCUUCACCAUCGACGGCAAAGCCGAUGACGUGCUGCGGCUGCUGGAAGACCCCGUCAAAGGCAUCAUAGUUGACGGACGUUUGAUGUGGGCCCCUUCCAAACAUGGCUUUGAGAGCCAGACUCGAACGUACUUCGACCGGCUCACCAUUUCUUCACCGGGGGGUUUGGUUGUCACGGUUACAAUGGACGUGGUGAUGCUGCAGGGAGAGGGACAGGAGAUGCUCACCACCAAUCGACCGGGUUCGGUGGUGAGACAGGGCAUGAGUGUCACAGUGGACGACCACCUGCGCUGCUGGCUGGAGCUGGGGCAGGGUCUACGCUUCUUGGUGCUCUUCCACCACUACAAACACCCUGACUACCUGCAGAAACCGCACCUGGGACUCUAUGUUGUGGACGGCGAGGGCCUCUCCAUACAGACACAAGGGUUGCUGGGCCAGUUCCAGCAUGCAGAUGUGGAGUUGAUCAGGGCCAAAGAUCUCCAGAGCACUGAUGCAGGGCAUCUCGCUGAAGCGGUCUUGAGGAAGGGAGCAACAAAAGUCCCCGUCAGCCUCCAAGCUAAGAACAUAAAGGACGCGCCGGGGAGGCGACACCCAGACAAGUGCUGGGUGGUGGCCAAAGGGGAUGUGGAGAAGCUUCUCGGCCAUCCAUACCAGAGCUAUGUGGUGAACCACUUCUGAAUCCCCCUUUACUUUCAAGCCCAGUAACCCAUUACACAUCACUAGAAGGUGAUAAAGACGUGCUUUUUGUAGAGGGUUUGAAAAAUAUUCUGGUUAACAGGCUCAUGUUCAGCCAAACUAAGCCUGGUGAUAGGCCACUGUACCCUGCCCUUUAAAUAAGGUAAUCCUUUAAAUUCUAAAUUCUUCGAAAGGUAAUUAUUUCAAAAGGUCAGGUUCUCAUCUGUCUGUAAUUUAUAAUAAAUUACACAACUAAAUGCUGACCAACACAUCAACAUAUUUUUGCAUUUUACAUGUUAGGUGUCAAUGGAUCAAAUA